CAAAAUGCCCUCGAAAGUGAAUGUAACUAAUUCCACAAACAACGAGACCAAUACUACACCCAAAGACCGCGGCAAAAGCAUCAUUGUGGUCGCUAAUCAAGCCCCGAUUACCGCAAAACGAAUCCCUGCAACUCAUAUCAAUGAGAUCAUAGAUAACCCUGGCGUCGCACGCGCAAAUGUCGCCGUAUCCAUUGACAAGCCCCAAGGCGACCAAGAAUGGGCGAGCAAAGCUGGAGAAUAUUCCCCUCUCCAACAACACGUGCUAUUCUGGGACCGCGACGGCGACGGAAUGAUCUUUCCCUGGGAUACCUAUACCGGAUUCCGUGAACUGGGCUUCAAUAUCAUCUUCUCCAUACUGGCAACAUUAAUCAUCAACGUUAACUUCUCAUACCCGACCCGACUGGCGUAUAGCUGGCUGCCUGACCCGUGGUUUCGGGUCUACGUGCGGAGUGUCCACAAGGCAAAGCACGGCUCAGAUAGCGGCACCUAUGACUCGGAAGGUCGUUUCGUGCCCCAGCUCUUUGAGAAUCUGUUUGCGAAAUGGGAUACGGACAACGAUGGCGCGCUGACGCUACGUGAGCUGUUUGACCUGAUGCAUGGUCACCGCUGUGCUGCCGAUCCGUUUGGGUGGGGAGCAGCUUUUUUCGAGUGGGGAACUACGUGGCUCCUCAUACAGAAAGACGGGAGAGUUUACAAAGAGGAUUUGCGCGCUGUGUAUGAUGGCUCUAUAUUCUGGAAGAUUCGUGAGGCAAGAAAAACCGCUACAGGCUGGACCCAGGGUUAUGGCCUUGGAGGCGAUGGGUUCCUAGGAGGAGAGAAGAUAUAUUAGAGUUACACAAUAAGGUCAAGAAGUUGGUAGCAGGCUUGAUUUUCGGCCAAUCAUCUACUAUUAGA